AUGAAGCUAAUUUACUCAAUUUCAUUCUUACUUUCAUUAGCAACCAGUUUGGACAUUGACCAGAUUGAUGAUAUAUUUAAAAGAUCAGAUCCAUGUACUUCAUGUACUGAAGCAACCCAGGAAGUUGGUGAAAAGUGCAAUUCUGUGUCUGAUGAUAAGAUUCUUCAAUGUAUGUGUGAUAUGGACGACCAAUACUACCAAAACUUGUAUGAUUGUGCACAAAACUGCGGUAAUAGCACUGUGAAUAAGAAACCAAGUUCACCUAAGGAGUUGAGAGAAGCCUUUUGUAAAGCCAAUAACUUGACACAAAGUGGUGACAUUGAUUCGUUGUCGUUAAGUUCCAACUCACAAACUUCCAUUGGAAGUAGUCACAUUACCAAGACAACUUCAAGUGGCUCGGUUACAGCCAAGCCAGGCCACAGUUCAUCAUCUGGUGACCACAGCACUUCCAGUAAAGAUGGUAGUGACGCUUCAAAAGAUUCUUCCACAAACGCUGCUGUCGGUUUAGGAGCUGGUUCAUUGUUAUACAUACUUGCUGCUGCUUUGCUUUAG